GACCGGCAGCCACUUCUACCGAAGGGCAACUUGCCCUUCAACUUCGAGGUUGCUAUGACCUUGGGGGUUUCAACAGGAGAGAUUCGGGGAGAGCAAGCUGCUUUGCGACGGCAAAUUCGUGAGGAGCUAGCGCUGAAAAAGUUGAAGAAGCGACUUGGAGAAGAUCAGCUCGAUGGCGAGCUCGAGGCCAAGCGAGCCAGGGUUCAGGAACCGGCCAGCGCCGCACCUUGGCUGAACUCUGCUCUAAAGGGCUGGUUGCUAUCUCGAGUGCUGUCGAAUCGGCAAUAUGUUCCCGAGGAUUCGAGCGGUGUGGCUGCCAAUGCAGCUGUCGAGUCGGAUGCUAGCAUGGCUGCGAAUGCUGCUGUCUCCAAAGUGGCUGCCGAAGCUGCUGUCGAGUCGGAUGUUGACGUAGCUUCGAAUGCUGCUAUCCCCAAGUCGGGCGGUGUGGCUGCCGAUGCAGCUGUCGAGUCGGAUGUGAACAUGGCUGCGAAUGCUACUGUCUCCAAGUCGGGCGGUGCGGCUGCCCAUGAAGAUGCUGUCCAGUCGGAUGUUGACAUGGCUGCGAAUGCUGCUGUCUGCAAGUCGGGCGGUGUGGCUGCCCAAGCUGCGGUCGAGUCGGAUGUUGACAUGGCUACGAAUGCUGCUGGCUCCAAGUCGGACGGUGUGGCUGCCGAAGCUGCUGUCGAGUCGGAUGUUGACAUGGCUACGAAUUCGAAUGCUGCUGUCUCCAAGUCGGGCGGUGUGGCUGCUGAAGCUGCUGUCGAGUCGGUUGUGAACAUGGCUGACGAAGAUGCUACUGCCGUCGAGUCCCCAGCUCCGAAUGCUAUCGUUGCCGAGGUGUCGGGCCCGGCGGUUGCUCAGCUUACGUUAGCUACAGCACCUGAUGAGGCCCCGGAACAAGCAGGUGAUCGCAAGGCAGCCAAACGUGAAAGAGAGCAGGCCAAGGCCAGAGAGAACUUGCAAUGGCUCAGUUUGCAAGACGGCAUAAGUGACUGCUGCCCCCAUUCCGGCCUCGUUGACCCCUCUGAACUGAAGACCCUGAGCUUCGUCGUCCCCACCCCAACAGACUUGCUGGAGAAGGAUUGGAAGAAGUACAAGAGCAUCACGGUGCUGCUGAAUAACAGGGCCUUUUAUGUGAACAACAGCUGGGUUCCUUGCCCGGGGGUGAAGGCUACUUGGUUGUAA